UGUCAAGGUCAAUCAUAGUGAGAGGUUGAAAUGCACAACACAGAUUUAGAGAGAGAAAACUUUUACCAAACGAAAUGAGGAUAAUUGUGACAUAGAAAAAUCAUAUAGUACAUGCAUAACUCAAAUUUUAUUAGUUUCAAUAAAUCAUAAGUUAAAGGCUUAACUUGAUGUCUCUGUUUAAUGCUUACUCCAUUUGUGAAAUUGGUAAAGAUGCAGCUGGAAUUGCUGGUAAUAUCUUUGCAUUUGGGUUAUUUGUAUCUCCAAUACCCACAUUUAGGAGAAUUAUGAGAAAUGGGUCAACAGAAUUGUUCUCAGGAUUGCCAUAUAUUUAUUCUCUAUUAAACUGUUUGAUCUGUUUGUGGUAUGGUACUCCUCUUAUAUCAUGUGAUAAUUUGUUGGUUACCACUGUUAAUUCAAUUGGAGCAGCUUUUCAGCUUGUGUACAUUUUCUUAUUCUUAAUCUAUGCUGAGAAACCAAAAAAGGUGAGAAUGUUUGGAUUAUUGCUGGCAGUUUUAGGUAUAUUUGUGAUCAUACUAGUCGGGAGCUUGAAAAUAACCGAUAGUUCUAUUCGCCGAAUUUUAGUUGGAUGCUUGAGUUGUGCUUCUCUCAUUUCAAUGUUUGCCUCUCCGUUGUUUAUAAUUAAAUUGGUCAUUCGCACGAAGAGUGUUGAGUUUAUGCCGUUUUAUCUUUCGUUUUCGACCUUCUUAAUGAGCAUCUCCUUCUUUCUUUAUGGAUUACUCAGUGACGAUGCCUUCAUUUAUGUACCAAAUGGGAUAGGUACUGUUUUGGGAAUGAUACAGUUGAUUUUAUACUUCUAUUACAAGCGUUCAUCUAGCGAUGACUCUACAGAACCCUUGAUAGUAUCGUAUGGAUAAUCUAUGCUGACAAAGGUAAAGGCAAACGAACACACAGUUUGUGAUUAUGAUUUAUUAGUCUUCCACAGUCUGUGUUAGGCGAUUUUCUGAAAUUAGUCUCAAACAUUCAUUAUGUAUGAAAAUAUUAGCAAUCAAUGAGACAAUGAUGUUAAUAUCCACCUUGUGAUAUUAAAAGCUAAGGCCAUAAUUGUAAACCGUUCAAAAAUCUUGAACUUUUUUCUUUAUGUAUUUAAUUUCUUCUGUA